UAUGAAGACAAAUUAAAGCUCCAUAAAAACGAAUUGCAGUCCGCCCACAUCUUCUUCGCGCUUUCCUUCUUUGUAAACGCAAACCACUCUCAUCCCACCAAUAAACAAAAUGGCAACGGCAUAUAUGCGACCUCGAACGAUUGAGGUGCCCUUACAGCAUGAACAAUUGCUGGAGGUUACCUGUGAAGAUCUGCCGCCCAAUCCAGUCGAAUUGACUGAUAUUUUUCGACAAGAAAGCGUCUCAUUGACAUAUUACAGAAUGUUGGCGGUCGAGUACUAUCAUCAAAACAAGCUUCCUCAAAGCAUUCAAGUUUUAGAUGCGUGCAUCGAGACAGCAAACGAAUCGCCGCAUACGCAACCACGACAAAAGCUGCCACUAUUGACGCUUCUUGCAACACUCCAUAUGCGACUUGCCAAGUCAGCAGCGGAAGAAUCCGAACAAAAGUCAAUGCUUGAAAAGGCGUCCAAGUAUAUUCAAGAAGCGGAUCGCAUUCAUAACCAAUACGAGCAAACGAUGGUCCUGAAGGGCAACCUGUACCUCUUGAAACGCGACAUUAAAGAAGCUUCAAAAGCUUUUGAUAACAUUCUCAGCAUUCGACACAAUUGCGUUCCGGCACUGCUCGGCAAAGCAAAGAUACAAUAUCACUUACGCCAAUACAAAGACGCGCUCAAAAGUUAUCAAACGGCACUCGUCCAUGCACGACGCAACUUAUCUGCAGCAGAGAUACGACUUGGCUUGGCUCAAUGCUACGCACAAUUGGGAAUGACAAACGAAGCCAAGGCAGCAUUGACGCGUUGUGUACAGCUUGGUCAUAUUGCCAGUGCUACUGCUCUCGCUUUGCUUGCCAUUAUCGAACUCAAUCAAGCGAAAAAGGUUUCAGUGGAUUUGACUAAGCGCGAGAAUGCGCUUACAGAAGGUCUCGCCUAUAUCCAGGAAGCCCAUAAAGUCGACCCUAAACACCCGGUUGUCUUGAACAUGAUGGCGAAUCACUUUUUUUUGACAAGAGAUUUUGAAAAGACGAUCCAAAGUGGUACAAAAGCUUUGGACUCGGCGUCAAACCGCGUUGUAAAAGCCGAAGCAAUGUUUCAAGUCGCACGCGCUCAUCAUCAGAAGCACGAAUUCGAUGAUGCGUUCACCUAUUAUCAACAAUGCUUGGAUGUAAACCCAAAUCAUAUCUUAGCACAGUUUGGUAUAGGCCAAAUGCAUAUGAAGAGAGGUCAUCAUGAUGUUGCCAUACCUAUUUUUGAAAAGCUUCUACAGGCAGAACCCGGCAAUGAUGAGAUUAUGAAGAUUCUGGGUUCCUUAUAUGCUGCAUCUGGAAAAGAAAAAGAAGCAAUGACGCUUUUUUCACGGAUACUCGAAAGAUCCACCAAAGAUCCAAUGCUUGAGCUCGAGACAGCUGUUAUAUAUCAAGAAAAGGAUCAAAAGGUGGCACUGACCCACUACAAAAAAUCAUUGGACUUGUAUGAGAAGAACGCCGAGGAUAAAGAAAUUACCAGCCAAUACGACAGCGUCAAAGCCGAAGUUCUCAACAACGUUGCCGUCAUGAACCACACAAACGGAAUGUUGGAGGAAGCCGAGAAAUAUUACAGUAUGGCCAUUCAAGAAUACGAAAAACACGCCACUGAAGAUACCAAUGACCUAGAAAGCGAUGUCGACUUGAAGUUAACCAUGACGUUUAACCUUGGACGACUGUACGAAGAAAAGGGUGAUGUUGAUAAGGCAUUGACAAUCUACAAGACAUUGACGGAGAAUUACCCACAUUACUUUGAAGCACAUUUGCGAUUGGGUGCAAUUACUCGGUUCCGAGGUCGUACGGAUGAAGCAAUCGAACAAUAUAAAGAGGUGUUUGAUUCUGACGACAAGAACCCUGAAGCCUGGAUUAUGAUUGGUCAGGCACAGGCCACCAUCAAUGAGCGGUUAUGCAAGCGCGCAUUUGAAAAGGUGUUGAAGGACUGUGACAAGAAUGACGUAUAUACACACGUGGCAUUGGGAAAUUACCAUGCUUCUGUUGCGAGGGAGCUCAAAGGAGACAAGAACAAAAAACAGCGCGCUGAUUCGUAUAAACUUGCCAAUGGAUUCUUUUCCCAAGCCCUCAAGCGAGACCCGAAAAACACUUAUGCAGCAAACGGCUUAGCCAUCAUUUUGGCUGACAACGGCCAUAUCGAUCAAGCCCGUGAUUUAUUCAACCAAGUACACGAAUCCGCACCUAGCAACCCAUGCAUUUCGGUCAACAUUGGACAUAUAUUUGCUGAGCAAAAGCAAUUCCAACAGGCAGUGGUUAUGUACGAGAAUGCCAUCAAACGAUACCGCGACGAAAAGGAUACAAACUUGUUCCUAUACCUGGCACGCACACAAUUCCUUUUGGCAAGAUCCGAAAAAGAUCCAGUCAUCAUGCUCAAAUCACUGCGUAACUCUGAAAAAGCACUAAACUUGAACCCGCAAGACAGAACAACGCUCUACAACAUUGCCCUUGUCCAACAAUCCUAUUGUCAAUUAUUGGCAGACUUACCAAAGGAGCAGCGCAAGUCGGCGGAUAUGCGACGGGCCAUGCGUAUUCUAGACAGCAGCCGAGGUAUCUUUAAAUCUCUGGUCAAUGCUCCUCAACAAGAACACAUUCUUUACGACCGGAAGAUCGCAGAGCAGCGUGAAAAGUAUGGUGAGACUGUUCGCAACCAGCUGGAGCGCAAACUGCGAGAACAAAUCGAUCAUGAAGAAGAAUUGGAACACAAGCGACGAAGCAAUAUUGAUAAGAAGAGAAAGGCAGAGGGAGUGAAUGGUCAUUCACAUGAAGAUGAGCCAUCAUCAAAGCGUCAAUCAUAAAAGCAUAUAUAUUUUGUAAAUAAUAGUCAUCAUGAAAAGAAAAAGGAAACGUUUUAUCAUAUCAUACGAUUAUUGUAAUAUACAAGCAAU